AUGUCGGCGGACUCGACAUCAGAAGAAUUCAUAACAUUCUUAAGAUUAAUACAAACAAAUUUAUUUCGAUACGGUGGAUCCAUCUUAAUCGGCUUAGGUAGUUUAAGCUGUAUACUUAGUGUAAUUGUAUUUACUCGAAAAACACUUCGCAAAAAUCCUUGUUCAACUUACUUUAUAGCACUUUAUGUUGUUAAUUUUUUAUAUAUUCAUAUGUCAUUAUUACCAUUAACACUUGAAAUAGGUUACAAUAUAGAUGUUAAUUCAUAUAAUCUUUUCUAUUGUCGAUUUAGUCUUUAUGUAGCUGUUGUACUUAAUACAUUAAAUGCUUAUUAUAUAAUCUUAGCUUCUAUCGAUCGUAUACUAGUUACUUCACCAAAGGCACUGACACGAAAAAAAAGUAGUCAUUUUUUUGCCUAUAAAUUGAUCAUUGGUGGAACGCUAUUUUGGAUGUUAUUUCUUAGUCAUAUAUUAGUUUUUACAGCUCUCAUACCAGUUGGACCGAAUACUUUCUUAUGUUAUUUUCAAUCGGGUUGGUAUCUUAUGUUCAUAAGUUAUUAUUCACUUGUUAAAGAAACUGUUGCGCCGUUCUUAAUGAUCAUUUUUGGAGUAUGGAGUGUGAAGAAUAUUCGACGAGUGCACCGUGUUAAAGCUGCUACCGUAUUAACUGUAAAUGAAAAUACAGAAGGCGGCGGAUCAUAUUCAAAUUUUUCACGAGAUCGACAACUUGUCUUUUUGCUAGUCAAAGAUGUUAUUAUCUAUAUUCUCUUUACUUUCAUAAUGGCAGUUUCACUUAUAUACGAUCAAAUGACACAAUAUCUAAUAAAGAAUGCUGAAGAGAUCCAAAAAGGAAUCUUUCUCAGAUAUGUGGCUAUUUUCAGUGUUAAUAUCCCAUUCUGUAUUGGCUGUUAUACAAAUUUAUUGAUAUCAAAAACAUUCCGACGUGAAGUGAAAAAUAUUUUUUCAUGGCAAUAA